CCAGGCGGCUCCGCCCUUCUCAAGAUGGCGCUGUGCUCCGUGCGGAAGGCGCGUGAGUGCUGGAGCUUCAUCCGGGCACUUCACAAGGGACCCGCAGCUACUCCUGCGCCCCAGAAGGACAGUGUGGAGCGAGUGUUUUCUGGCAUCCAGCCUACAGGAAUCCCCCACCUGGGAAAUUACCUUGGAGCCAUUGAGAGCUGGGUGAAGUUACAGGAGGAAUAUGACACAGUGUUAUACAGCGUCGUUGACCUCCACUCCAUCACCGUCCCACAAGACCCCACCAUCCUCCAGCAGAGCAUCCUGGACAUGACUGCUGUUCUUCUUGCCUGUGGCAUAAACCCAGAGAAGAGUAUCCUUUUCCAGCAGUCUCAGGUGUCUGAACACACUCAAUUAAGUUGGAUCCUCACCUGCAUGGUCAGACUGCCUCGAUUGCAGCAUUUACACCAGUGGAAGACUAAGGCUGCGAAGCAGAAGCAUGAUGGGACAGUAGGCCUACUCACAUACCCAGUACUGCAGGCGGCAGACAUUCUGUGCUACAAGUCCACACACGUUCCUGUCGGGGAGGAUCAAGUCCAGCACAUGGAACUUGUUCAGGAUCUAGCUCGAAGUUUCAACCAGAAGUAUGGGGAGUUGUUUCCAUUGCCCAAGUCCAUUCUCAGUAAGUGACAAGAGGGUGGUUAU